AUGGACGCCUUCAGCGCCGCAAAAGCCAAAAUGGGGGCGAAGAGUGGCGGCGAGACGGCGGUGGCAGGGCUGUCCGCGCCUCAGUCCACCGUGCCGGCCCCCAGCCCCAUCAGUCCCGGCUCGCCCGCCGCGCCCGAGCCGGCUGUCUACAAGCUGGAGGACCUGGAGACCCUGGCCACCGUGGGCACAGGUACCUUUGGCCGUGUUCAUCUGGUGAAGGAAAAAAUGGCCAAACGUUACUUUGCACUGAAAGUAAUGAGCAUUCCUGAUGUUAUUCGACUGAAGCAAGAACAACACGUGCACAAUGAAAAGUCAGUCUUGAAAGAAGUCAACCACCCCUUUUUGAUCAGAUUAUUUUGGACCAACCAUGAUGAGCGUUUUCUAUAUAUGUUAAUGGAAUAUGUACCAGGAGGAGAACUUUUUAGUUACCUGCGCAAUAUGGGGCGUUUCAACAACAGCACAGGACUGUUCUACUCCGCAGAAAUUAUUUGUGCAAUAGAAUACCUUCACUCCAAAGAAAUAGUUUACAGAGACUUAAAACCUGAAAAUAUAUUACUAGACAAAGAAGGACAUAUCAAGCUUACUGAUUUUGGAUUUGCUAAAAAACUGGUGGAUAGGACAUGGACACUGUGUGGGACCCCUGAGUACCUUGCACCAGAAGUUAUACAAAGUAAAGGCCACGGAAGAGCUGUGGAUUGGUGGGCCCUAGGAAUUCUUAUAUUUGAGAUGCUGUCAGGGUUUCCUCCAUUUUUUGAUGACAAUCCAUUUGGUAUAUAUCAGAAGAUUCUUGCUGGCAAAAUAGAUUUCCCAAGACAUUUGGAUUUAUAUGUAAAAGACCUCAUUAAGAAGCUUCUUGUGGUUGAUAGGACAAGGCGAUUAGGAAAUAUGAAGAAUGGAGCAGAUGAUGUGAAGAGACAUCGAUGGUUCAGAUCUAUAGACUGGGAUGCUGUACCUCAAAGAAGACUAAAGCCUCCCAUAGUACCAAAAGUAUCCAAUGAUGGGGAUACUUCCAAUUUUGAAGCUUAUCCUGAAGAUGACUGGAACAAGAUGCCUCCAGUACCCCCUAAAGAUCUAGAAAUUUUCAAGAACUUCUGA